UUCAGAUCAGCCCUGCAUGGAUUCUCUAGAGCGAAGGCCCACGCUGGGUCCCGGCUGCAAGCAGCGGGGCCGUCGGUGUCUCCGGAAAAAGCUGAGGCCCGUGCGAAUCUUAGGGUUAGUCUUCAGCUUGGUGGCCUUAAGUGCUGUCUCUUUCAGUGCCUUGACCUGGAGCUCGGGGGGUUUCGGCGAGCCGGCGCUCCCCGAGGAGCACCAGUCGGCCCCCCACAGGACCCUACUCUUCACCCAACACCAGAGCGACCCCAACGUGUCCGCCGACAUGCCCAUAGCCAUGAAGUCUACAGCGGAUGGCAACGAGAGCCAGGGGGAGUACCCGCCAGACAUUUUCACCCUCACCCAGAGGCGCCAAGGGGCGGUGGUCCUCCACAUGUUCGGCAUGAUCUACAUGUUCAUCGCCUUAGCCAUCGUGUGCGACGAGUUCUUCGUCCCGGCGCUGACGGUCAUCACGGAGAAGCUGACCAUCUCCGACGACGUGGCGGGCGCCACCUUCAUGGCGGCGGGCGGCUCGGCCCCGGAGCUCUUCACCUCCAUCAUCGGCGUCUUCAUCUCCCACAGCAACGUGGGCAUCGGCACCAUCGUGGGCUCGGCCGUCUUCAACAUCCUCUUCGUCAUCGGGAUGUGCGCCAUCUUCUCCAAGGAGAUCCUCAACCUGACGUGGUGGCCGCUGUUCCGCGACGUGUCCUUCUACAUCAUGGAUCUGAUCAUGCUCAUCAUCUUCUUCCUGGAUAACUUCAUCUCCGUGUGGGAAAGUGUCACGCUGCUGUCCGCCUACGCCGCCUACGUGAUCUUCAUGAAGUUCAACAGCUCGGUGGAGGGCUUCGUCAAAGAUUGCAUGAGCAAGAACCAAGUGGUAGAAGUAGAGGUACAGCCCAAGAAGGCGAGUCCUGGGGCGCUCGAGGAUGACGGCAAGUUGUCGGCCAGGCCUCGCCUCCAACGGGGAGGUAGUUCGGCCUCCCUGCACAACAGCUUGAUGAGGAACAGCAUUUUCCAGCUGAUGAUUCACACGUUGGACCCUUUAAGUGAAGAAUUUGCUGACUCUGAGCUUGGGACUUAUGGGAAACUAAAAUAUUAUCACUCAAUGACUGAGGAAGGUAAAUUCCGAGAGAAGGCGUCCAUCCUUCACAAGAUUGCUAAAAAGAAAUGCCAAGUGGAGGACAGCGAGAAGGCCAACGGAGUGGCGAAUAAGAACCUUCCGAACAGCUCCAGCGUGGAAGUGGAGGUGACCCCGCCCAUGAAUGGAACAGCAGGGCAAGAGGGCGAGACGGCUGAAGACGAGGAGGAAGAGGACCAGCCUCUGAGCCUGUCCUGGCCCGAAUCCGCCCGCAAGCGCUUCACCUACCUCAUCAUCAUGCCCAUUGUCCUGCCCCUGUGGCUCACGCUGCCGGACGUCAGAAAAACGUCGUCAAAGAAGUUCUUCCCCGUCACGUUCCUGGGUGCCAUCUGCUGGAUUGCAGGAUUCUCCUACCUGAUGGUGUGGUGGGCUCACCAGGUUGGAGAGACCAUCGGGAUUACAGAGGAGAUUAUGGGUCUGACUAUAUUAGCAGCUGGAACCUCCAUCCCUGACCUCAUCACCAGUGUUAUCGUGGCACGCAAAGGCCUGGGUGACAUGGCGGUAUCCAGCUCCGUCGGCUCCAACAUCUUUGACAUUACUGUCGGGCUGCCCUUCCCCUGGCUCCUGUGGUCCAUCUUCAGCGGCAUGAAGUCGGUGCAAGUCAGCUCCAACGGCCUCUUCUGCGCCAUCGUGCUCCUCUUCAUCAUGCUCCUCUUCGUCAUCAUCUCCAUCGCCGCCUGCAAGUGGCGCAUGAGCAAGCUGCUCGGCUUCAUCAUGUUCAUGUUGUACUUCGUCUUCCUGGUGGUCAGCGUCAUGCUGGAGGACAAGGUCAUCACCUGUCCGGUGUCGGUCUGAGGGGCCUCUCAAGGAGCCGCGUCCUCUCCGUCAUCACCGCCGCCGCCACCAACGCCACCAACGCCACCAACGCCACCACCAUCCUUCUCGUCUGCUGUCGCUCCCACCUGCCCCUCGUGACCCUUUACACCAGGAAUAAAAAGAAGAACGGCUGCGUGCAAGAGAAUAAUCUACAAACAUUAUAAAAAAAAAUACGGAUUCUACUUUCCAGGUGGUGACGGAGAGGAGUAGAACGCAACAAGGGCACAAGACUUCGGCUUGGCUGGUUUAGCAGUGGCCUGACCUGAGUGGAUUUUUAUUUCUUAUGAUUUCGCUGGCAGGUGAAGCAGGGACGGGAGGGUGUAAGCCAAAUAUAGAAGUAUUAUGCAUGCCAUUAGUUUCACUAGAUCAGCUGGAUUCAGGACUGGUAUUUUGAGGAGAACGACCUCCUGUGAACUUUGGCAAGAGACGCACUGUAUGAAACUCUGAGACGCUGAGGUGACUGAGCUGAAGCAUAUUUGGACUUGAGACGCCAAGAGUGACCGGUGGACGAGGAAAUGGCCCGUGAAUAUUUGGAUGGCGAAAAGACUCCUGAGGAACACUCUUGAUGAGCAGAUGAACAUUAUUUCUUCUUUUUUUUUUUCUUCGACGAGUUAAACUUCCCCUCUUCCCUGCCAGAGUUUCACCACCGAAUGUUGAGGAUUCUUCUUCUGGUUUUUUUUUUGGAUUCAUUUUCAUGAAAUACUAGCGGUAGCAUUAGGUAUACUGUAGCAGUAUUAGUUCACGUAGAUCCGACUUUUUUUCUUUGGCCACUGAACACACGUUCUGAUUGUACAGAACUUUUCAUGCUUCACGUGCACCGACUGACAAGAAAAAAAAAUGAAGUUUAGCCUCUCAAAGUAUACCUUCGAUAUCUUGUACUGGUUUGGGGGAGAGGGGAGGGCGGGGUGGGAGAAAAAAAAAAAAAGCAUGAAUAGGCUCUUUAAAGUUCCAUAACAAUGUCAAAAAUAAUCCAUUUGAAAAAGAACUUUACAGUGUUUAAUGGUUGAUUUUAGAUUAGUCAAUGUGUAGUGCUUCGUUCACGGUAGAACUGAGCUCAAAUCACCGGCUAGUCAAGCUCCUGGGGUAGAAGAUUCAAGCAAUCAAAUGCAUGUGUUAAAAAAAAAAAGAAAAAAAAAACUCGGAGGUGAAUAAUACCGAUUUAAGAAGUUGUAUACCAAAACGUACACUUUUUUUCCAGACAAUGUUUCAUAACUUCUUAACGCAAAAAACCAGUGCUCGGUCUCUAUGUAGAAAAUGUCAACGCGUACGGUCGACGAUAUCUAUCAAACUUGUGCAAUUUCUUUUUUUUCUAAUCAAAGGUGCUUUCGUGUGCAUGUGUGCAAUCUUGCAUCUGGAGUCAUCGCACAAUGACCAUUCAUUAGAUUUAUCUAUGAAACAAUAGAGGUGAUACAACCAGUAUUUUGCAGCUAAAUGCAAAGAAAAAAAAAAGGAAAAAAAAAAAGACACCAAUCUGUGUUUUAUACUGGAAAAAUCAUAAUCACGAUCUCUUUAAGCUACAUAGAAUGUGGAAAAUCACAGACUUUAACAGCAAUAUACCGCGUGUCGUCGUUGCAUCCACCUUCCCCUCCCU